AUGCAGUGGCUCAACGGGAGGCUUGCCACUUUAUCCCGGUUUCUUUCCCGAUCGGGUGAUUGCUGCCUCCCCUUCUUCCGGGCGUUGAAGAACCCAAAGAACUUUCAAUGGACGGUGGAGUGUGAGGAAGCCUUUGAGCAAGUGAAGCAGCACCUGGCCAACCUUCCUCGACUUGCCUCCGUCUCUUCUGGGGAUAAGCUCAGCAUAUACUUGGCCGCCUCCCGACACGCGGCUCACAUAGUGGAGGUAAUCACCGACCAACCGCUCCGGCUGAUUUUAUCUAAGUUCGAUGUUGCAAGUUGUCUUCUCAAAUGGGCGGUGGAGCUCGGCGAGUUUGACAUACGAUACGUGCCGAGAACCACUAUCAAAGCCCAGUCCGUAGCCGACUUCAUCUCGGAGCUAACUCAGAGCGAGGACGAGGAUCCUGAGCAACCUUCCGAAGGAUGGGUCCUGCACAUGGAUGGAUCGGCCAACUCGAAGGGCGCGGGUGCGGGGCUAGUGUUACUAGCCCCCAACGGACGGUCGUUUGAGCAUUCCCUCCGCUUUGUGUUUCAAGCCACUAACAAUGAGGCGGAGUAUGAGGCACUCCUAGCGGGGCUCAGGUUGGCCCUCGAGAUGCAGGUGGGCGCCAUACACGUCCUCACCGACUCGCAGCUGGUAGCCGAGCACCUCAGCGACGGGUACAAGGCUCAGGACCCAAUCAUGGCAAAGUACAUGGCACAGGUAAAACACCUGACCACCAAAUUCUCUCACUUUACAUUGUCUAAUGUCCCAAGGGGCGAGAACGAGCGAGCCGACGCACUGGCCAAGUUGGUGUCGAGGUCGGCUCUUGAAGCCCGGCCCGAGGUCGACGAGCUGCCUUCUCGAGCAAUCGAAAUCGCUGCUGCGACCUAUGACGAUGCGCAGUUCACAUGGGUGCAAGAGAUACUACGCUUCAAGCGGGAUGGGAUUCUUCCUCCCGACGAGGCUACCGCUCGGCGCUUGCACCGUACGCAGGCGUGGUACUCUGAGAUGGGUGGACGACUCUAUAAGCGGUCCUUCUCACACCCUCUCCUACGGUGCUUGGAGCCCGAGGAGGCUCGGUCGGUUUUGGCCGAGGUCCACGAAGGGAUUUGUGAAGAACACAUCGGUGGGCCUCGGAAGCUCCUCGCGCUUCGGUGCGUGCCUCCUUCAGUCCCUUGGUCAACGUGGCCACUUCCUCCUUCGCCUGACGAACCUCGGCGCAAGCCCCCUUUAGAUUUGCCUAAAGUUCUUUAUUUAACUCCUCAGCCGCCUUGA